CCUGUCACCAAUUUUGUAUUCAUCAAGGUCCAUAAGACGGCUUCAGGCUCCACGUUCAUGCUACUGGCCAGAUUCGGCCGGAACCACGGAAUGACCAUCUGCUAUCCCGCAAGCCAUAGGAAAGCCAGCCACAAGCAGCUUUCAUACCCAAGCGGACAUUUGACAAAGAAAAACUGCAGGCCGGCUCUGGGAAGAGACUACACCCUCAUUAUCCACCAUUCCGUCAUGAACAAACCUGCCAUGGACAGGGUUAUGGCACCUGGGACUAGGUACAUCGGCAUCGUGCGAGAGCCUCUCAACCAUUUUCGCUCCAUCUUCUUCUGGAAGAAUUCUGGUACCCGCCGCAAGAAGAACCCACUAGGGGCUUUUCUAGAUAGAAAUAAGGAUCGGGACCGUGAGUUGGGAAGAAACAAGCCGUACUCGAAACACCGAAACUUUCAGUCUUAUACCAUGGGUUUUCCGCCAAAACUGAUGACCAGCAAAAAUACAAGCCUGAUACAUCAAGCACUAAGGACCGUUGGAAGCUGGUACUCUAUAGUCCUGAUAACAGAGUACUGGGAGGAAUCUCUGGUACUGCUGAAAAGGAAGUUUUGCUGGACCCUGUUCGACAUCCUACAUACCACACGGAAACUUCAUCAACUUCGGCCUCUACAGAGACGUAAAGAACACGUCGCACUGACCGACAAACAGAAAAACAACCACAGGAAAACGAGCAACAUAGAUUAUAUGAUGUUCGACUACUUCAAUAACACAUUUUGGCAACGUGUGAGCGAGGAAGGGCCCGACUUUUGGGAAGAAGUGGCGUAUUACAAGACACUGAACCAAGAAGUGAACCAACAUUGUAACUCAAUAGGUGGGACAAGGGUCUUUACCGCCGGUAAAUGGAGUCAAGAAUUUACGAUAGAUUCAAAAUUCUGUCAAGAACUGAAGACAUGGUCGGAGGGGAAGUGGGCAGCAGCGUGCUGGGGCGUGGUCGAUAGACAAAACAAUGAGAUGAAGAACAACAAGGCAAGCCUGUGA